AUGCCCUCUCUCAAAUCUAUCAUCCUAACUCUCGCCCUCGGCGCUCUGACCACUGCAACCCUCGAGCCAGCCACUUCCAACACAAAGGGAAAAUGCCCUGCUAGUGCGAACUGCUCUGCGGCCAAAACCUCCACAUCCAUUCAAGCAGCAGAAUGCUCGCACAACACUCGAACAUCCGAAACCCAAACCUUUGCAAUCUUCAAAACAGACCACCAAUACGACUCCUCCCACGGCGCCCCCUACGGAACCUGCGAAGCGUACACUUGCACUGCGCCUACGAGUUCCGAACUCACUGACGAGGAUGAGGAUUGUUGGGUGUUUUUCUGGAACUCGAAUGGCGAGGACGAAGGUACUGGAACAGGAUGUAUUCGGAGCCCGGAUGAUGGGAGCUGUGGGUGUGAGAAUUCGGAUGGGACAUUUGUUGCAGGGAGCUCGAGUUGCUCUUAG